AUGCAAUUACCUCCUGGAAACGAUUUUAAUGCUACCUGGGCCUUCUUGGAAGAAGGUCUCGAUCAGAUUAUGUGCCGUUUUGAAGAAGGUCUUUCACGUACACGUUAUUCUAUCCUUUAUAGUGCUGUUCAUAAUUAUUGUGCCAGAAGCGAUUCAACGUUGCAUAAUACUAUCUCCACAGGAGGUGGACUUACUUCACCUGCACCUGCGCCUCCUCUCAUUGGUGGAGAAGUCUAUAUGCAUCUCAGUAACUACUUAAAGAAUCACCUAGAAAAUAUCAGAAAAGAAUCCGAACAAUACAUGGAUGAAUCCUUAUUACAAUAUUAUACCAAACAGUGGACUCGUUAUACAGCAGCAGCACGCGUAGUCAACAAUAUUUUCAUGUACUUGAAUCGUUAUUGGGUGAAACGGGAAAUUGAUGAAGAUAGAAAGAGCGACGUAUAUGAUGUAUUCACUUUGACACUUGUGAGUUGGAAAAAAUACAUGUUUGAAUAUGUUCACCAUAAUGUUAUUGCGGCUGUCCUUAAGCUGAUUACUAAACAAAGAGAUGGUGAAGUUAUUGAGACAGGCUUGAUAAAGAAUGUCGUUGAAUCCUUCGUCUCACUUGGUUUGGAUCACAAUGAUUCUUCAAAAUCAAACCUGGAUGUCUAUAAGGAAUAUUUUGAAAAAGAAUUCUUGGAGGCAACUGAAGUUUAUUACAAAACAGAAUCAGAAAAGUUUGUUAGUGAAAAUAGCAUUCCCGAAUAUAUGAAGAAGGCUGAAACAAGAUUGAAUGAAGAAGAAAAUCGUGUUCAAAUGUAUCUUCAUCCUUCUAGUCAGAAAUCUUUAAUACCUAUUUGUGAGACAGUUUUAGUCAAGAAUCAGGAAGAAGUGAUUUGGGAUGGUUUCCAAACUUUGCUAAAUGAAGAUAAACAAGAUGAUCUUCAUCGUAUGUAUUCACUCUUGGCUCGUAUUUCUGAUGGUCUUAAUCCCCUGCGUGAAGGUUUCGAAGUACAUGUCAAGAAAGCUGGUCUUAGUGCUAUUGAAAGAAUUUCGUCACAGAAUGCGAACGAUGUCAUUGAUCCUAAGAGCUAUGUCGAUACCUUAUUGGAGGUUCACAAGAAAUACAACGAUUUAGUACAUUCUGCCUUUAACGGCGAAGCUGGAUUUGUAGCAGCUCUCGAUAAGGCUUGUGGUGAAUUUGUGAAUCGCAAUUCUGUCUGUAAGGGUACUUCUAGCAAAUCACCUGAGUUGUUGGCUCGUUUCUGUGAUGGUUUAUUGAAGAAGAGCGCUAAGAAUCCUGAAGAAGACGAAUUAGAGGACGUGUUGAAUAACGUCAUGACCGUGUUCAAGUACGUCGAAGAUAAGGAUGUAUUUCAAAAGUUUUAUAGCAAGAUGCUAGCCAAGCGUCUUGUCAAUGGCACUUCCUCUUCAGACGACGCUGAAGGCUCUAUGAUUUCUAAACUGAAAGAAGCUUGUGGUUUCGAAUAUACCUCCAAACUACAACGUAUGCUGACAGAUAUGUCGCUUUCCAAAGAACUUAACGAUCAAUUCAAGGGCGUCAUGCAACAGAAUCCUGACAUCGCUCACGGUGUCGAUUUCAAUAUUCUUGUUCUUAGUGCUGGUUCUUGGCCUUUAUCUGCUCCUUCUACUUCUUUCAAUUUACCAGACGCUAUUGUCAAAAUGUAUGACCGAUUCCAAAAGUUCUAUCAAAACAAGCAUUCCGGCCGUAAGUUGAAUUGGCUCUUCCAACUUUCUAAGGCUGAAUUAAAAACAUACUACUCGAAAGCUAGCAAGGUUGGUUAUACCUUUAUGGUUUCUGCUUAUCAAAUGGGAAUCCUUCUUCAAUACAACAACACCGACGUUUGUACUUAUGAAACUCUACAACAAAGUACUGCUCUUUCUCCUGAAGCUUUGAAUCCUGCUCUUGGUAUCUUGGUCAAGGCGAAGGUCCUUCUACUUAAAGAUGGCGAGAACGUAGGCGAUGCAGGUUCUCGUUAUGUUCUUAACCAUGACUUUAAGAGUAAAAAGUUCCGUAUCAAUCUAAAUAUGCAAAUGCGUGUAGAACAGAAGCAAGAAGCCGACGAGACGCACAAGACCAUUGAAGAGGACAGACAAUUUGUGAUGCAGGCUGCUAUUGUUAGAAUUAUGAAAACUCGUAAAGUGAUGAAGCACGUUGCUUUAAUCGAGGAAGUCAUCACCCAGCUGCAAUCAAGAUUCAAGCCGCGUGUUCCUGCUAUCAAGAAAUGUAUUGAUGUCUUACUGGAAAAGGAAUACAUUGAACGUGUUGAAAAUCAAAAGGACAUGUACAGUUAUGUUGCAUAA